CAGGCAAUUGUUGCCAUAGAUAGGAACUGUUUAUUGAUAACAGCCAGAUAUAAAAUUAUGCAUCCUUUACAUGAAGCAAUGUUGAUUAUCUAGUGUAGCAAGAUGAAAGUUAUCAUUUAUGCCACUUGGGGAAAAGAGCUCUGCCAGAACGUGGGAGGACACACGUUAUCUAACAUCCUACCUAACUUGUAGUGGCUGAGAGCAACACGCAGGAGAAUUAGGACAUUUCUGCUUGUGAAACAUCAUGCCUGAGAAGCAGAAGGCUGUGAAUUUAUCCCCACCUCAUUUUAGGUGUCUAAAUGAAGCAUUGGUGUCAGCAGCACAGUCGUCCUGGGCACCUCCUCAGAGAGAGAUGCAGUUCAGAUUUUAGGAGGGAUGAAUUGCUUUCUGCAGGCACUUCCCUCUCUCCACCACAGCAGCCAAGCUCCCCUCACCUUGGAGGAGUCCAGCUGCAGGGUGGCAGAAACACUGCCCGAAGGGAAGAUACUGGUAGUUGUUUGGGGUCACUCUUAAGGAAGGGAAGGGGGAAUUUCAAAAGGAUUGGCUCAGGAUUCCUCUGGUGGGGGCAGAGCCACAGCCAGCAGCAGUGUGUACAGCAGAUCCUGUUUUCUCCAGCCCAGAGGUGUGCUCAGGAGGGAGGUUGUGCUGGGACAGUCCCCAUGAGAUAAGAACCUCCUGUGAUGCCAACCCUGAAGCUACGCUGAUUUACACUAGGAUGAAAAUAGCCCUCGGAGGUUUUACACUAGCGAAAGGUCAGCCAGACGGGGACAGCAGGGCCAACAUAUAAAGGAGUGGGUGAAAUAGCAACUUUUCUCCCUAUGCACUGGAGCUCUGCUUUAAAGAUAGACUCCUGAACUAUUUAUUGGGACAAUUGUGCGUGCCCUCUGCCUAGGAACAGGUUUACCUCUGAAUGCUGUCACCAUUAGAAUAGGUAUUGGACGGUUUUGAGGAGCCCUGGGCUCCGGCCAGGAUUGUACUGUGCUAACGGAGAUUAAAAUACAGCCCUGUCCCAUAUCCCCUGCCUCACAUGAGCUUGCUCACAGCGUGUUCCCUGCUAACACUUUCCAUGAAAACCGGCCAGAUCCCCUUAUCAAAACCCAUGGGACUCCUCGGUGCCAGCAGACCUUGCAUCCACGUGAGCUGCACAGAUGGACAAGUUCAGUGCACCUCCUUGAUGCCAGCAUGCGCAAAGGAAAAGUCAGCUUUUGCUUUCCGAGCAGAUGCCGCUUCCCUGUGGGGCAGGGGGACACCAUGCAGGUACCCACUCCUCUGCCACAGAAAGCUGCUGCCAGCAAGGAGGUGGGUGAGCAAAGAGGAGGCGGCUUCAAGGAGGAUUUGGAAAAGUUCCAGUUACUGCAAAGCCAGUACCAUGCUGAAGAAAAAAGGCGGGUGGUUCAGUAAACCUGGCAUGGCCAGCAGUGCCAGGGUGACAGAGGGCAUUUUCCUGGCGGUUAGCCUUGAGCUUGGGGGGGUGUGUGUGUGCAGCUGCAUGGCAAAGGAGUGGAGAGGAAAGUGUGCGUUGCUAUGAACACAUGUAGAAAACUGGUCCCCAGGACAUGAUCAAUGUCCGAGGUGCUCCAGAUGUGUCGAUGCAAUUGACAGCUCACGGUCCUACUGCCUGAUCCACAGUCUCCUCUGCCCCUUCUUCCAAGAACCAGGCUUUGGAGUUCACAAAUACCAAAGAGCACUUCUCUGAUGUGCUUUAGCACUUGGCCAUCCACCGUGGUCAACAUACUGUUUUUAAAGCAGAUGGGUCUGGGAAAGGUCAUAUUAAACUUUUCAAAGUCCAGGUUUCUUUCACCCAGUGAGCAAGGUGGCUGGCCCACUACGGUAAUGUAGCCAUAUCAUAGAUAAUAAACAGUAGCUGCAUGCCUCCUCUUCCGUCUCCUCUCUCCAUAAGCCUGUAUGGACCUUCCUGGCAACUGCACUGGUGGUGUGUUUUGGCCAGACCUGGCACUUGCUCUGGUAGGUCACCACAGCCACCUGUGCUGCCACAGCCAAGAGCAUGGCAUGCUGCAGCCCCAGGGCAGGGGCAGACAGCAGUGAAGUGGCAGCAGCAGAAAUGCCACAGAGGGACUCAGCAACCUGCCUGCCACGGAGCCUGCUUUUUUCCCCGUUGCCUUGGUGGAGGAAGCACCUGGGCUGGAGAAAUGAGCCAUUUAGCUACUGCCUAAGAUCAAAAUGAAGAAUGCCUUUGGAAAACCGGCAAGUAUUAAGCAAUGCCCGGGGCAGCUGGAGAAAUAGAUGUUUUGCACAGCACUGUGAGAAAAGGGAGCGACCUUCCUUGAGGGCUGGGAGACAGACGUUUAAAGAUUUGUCUCCCAGUCUGUGCAACCGGUGAGAGACCGGCUGUUGUAGGACCAGACUCCAGGAACACCUUCCUGGGACACCACUGGCAGCUGCUCCGAGGACGGGAGUGGGGACAGAGGUGGAAGCUGUUUCCUUGGAGCUCUGAGCCUGGCCUGGGUCACGGCAGGCAGCCGUGUGGUACAGGCUCUUUGGAAACUAAGUACACCUCACGCCGAAAACCAGCAACAUUUGCUGCUGUCUUCCGCUGUGGAAAGCCUGUUUGGUCAUGCCUCUAGUAACAAGGAACUUUCCUCUAAUUUCAGGACUCAGUCUGUUGAUGGCCACUUUGCACUCAAAUAUUUUUGGGUCACAUUGUCCUUCAAGUGGAAUAGUUUGUCUUUUACCUUCCUGUCCUCCCACGGUGUUUAUGGAGAGAAAUUAUAAGGUCUCUCAUUCUUUGCUUUGCUGAAAUUCUUCCCAUGUCUUACAGGACAGGCUGUCUGUUCCCCAUAAUUUUCCUGGACAUCUCUUCACAGCACCUAUUUCAGUUUGAGGGCUUUCUGAACACAGAGCUAACUGGAAUUGUAUACAGUAUUCCAGAUGAAGUUUCUUGGUGCCUUUUUUACAAUGCCAUUAGCAUAAUUUCCACCUCUUUUCCGUCCGAUUUUUACUACAGCGUUUGACUCUAUUUAUGUAGCCUCAUCUCUCAGUGAUCUCUGCCUGUGAUAUCCAUAACUUCUUGAGUGCCAGCAACACCAUCCAGCUUUCUGAUGUUGACAGAUUUCAUCACACAUCAGUCACGUUUCACAACACUCCUGUUUUUUUAAUAUCUAAACUGUCAGUAAAAAUAUUGAAAGCCCUAAGACCGGUCUUUGUGGAACCUUGUGGAACCCUCUCAUUCCAGCAUAGCACCUUUCCAAGGUUACUUAUCUUCUUCCCUUCAGGCAGUUCCUCACCCAUGUACAAUUUGCCUACUAAUCUCCAUCUUCUCCAGUUUGCCUUUUAAUCACAUAAGUAGUGGCACUGUAUCAAAUGCUUUACUGAAAUCCAACAAGUAAGACCUACCAUGCUUCCUCUGCCAAAAAGAUUGAGUUAUCACAUCUAGGAAAGAUAAUUGCUUAGUUUGACAUGAUCUGGUUUUGAAAGACCCAUCUUGCAUCUUACCCUGUUUCCCAGCUACUUAUUACAUGCAAUUUGUAAUUAUUCAUUCUUCUAAAUUUGUUCUAAAGGUCUCAAUAUGCAGUUGGCAGGUAUCUGGUGAGGACAUGUUCCUUACACUUUCUCAUAAAUCAGGUAUGGGAUUUCUGUGUGACAGAUCUAAAUAAUAUGCUAUGCCUACUUGUGCUUUCAUCAGCUUAUAACAUGGUCUGUUUUUAUAUCUUGGUUUAUCAGUCAGGUGAGUGCUUGCUCCUGAAGGUGUAGGCAGAUUCACUGACCUUAUUCCGAUCCUUUUGUAGAGGUUUUAUGUGUUUUCCUGUAUUUUAUACUUUAGCUCUCAGGUUGUGCACUGUGUGAGUGCUUUAUGCCUUCAGGCUCUGGCGAGAACAGGUUGUAAAAUUUGCAGAGUUGCUUGGUCGACUGAAGAAUAUAAAAUUAGUGUUUGAAAGGGGAGAGCAAAACAGCCAGGGUAAAUGCAGUGUUUCUCCUUGGAGUCACUCAGGUUCUCUGAGAGCUGCAGUGCUGCAGGAGCAACUCUGUGUCAGGGGAGCACAGGAAUUUGUUUUCAUCAGAGAGAUGCUUUCCCUGCCAAGCUGGCAGCAGCUGUAGGUGAAGCCUUACCAGGGAAGCACUUUCAUAGUCCCUGUGCUAGGAGGGGAGUCCUCCAUCAGUGACUGACAGAAUACUGACCUUCACCUUCUGUUCCCUUUCCAUCUCCCUUCUGUCAUCUUCACCCCACCCCCACCCCCACCCCGCCUUGUUUAGGGAACUCUUGUCUGUUUGGAACUACAGUAAUAUUCUUCACAGUAAUGUUCUUCAGAAGCUCUCCAAACAUCUCAUCUUUAUUCUCCAGUUACCAAGAUGCUGGAUGGCAGUGAACACAUGUACACCUGAGGAUUUUGCACAUUGCAAAUGCAGAAUUCACAAGGUGAGAAAAACAAGUAUUGUGUAACGCUCAGUUUUCCGGGACAGCAAAGAUAAGGUUUCCUUCAGUCCUCAAGCUUGUUUCCCACAACCGUUCUAAGGAUCACCUCCGCAGCCUGCUCUGAGUUACAGGAGAUUCUGGAGGAAGUUAAUUCCUAGCUUUCAUCCUGCAUCAAGCCUCCGUAGUUCAUGGGCGUAACAUCCAGUGAGCGCUCUACCAGUUAACUGAUCCACUGUGUUUCAUUCACCACAGGGAGGGUAUGGGGGUUGGAGAGAUUCCCCCCUGCCCCGAGGUCAAGCAUCUAACUUAACAACCCUAGUGGGGCACAGCCCAAGAUAAGAGUUAGAGGGGAUGCUGAUGGCCAGCCUAGUGAUAGUGUUUGCAAUUUUGCAAGUGAUCCUGGUGUUGGAGGGUGUGUUCCCCAGUCAUGUGAGGAAACAGCAAAGAAAAUACCUAUUUGCAAGGGUGAAGGGGAGGUCAGUGACAUGAGCAUUGCAAUUACUUGCUGGUAUGGGGCCCCCCAGUGCUCUCUAUACAGGAGGACAAAGGCACUAAUAAACUGGAAAAAGAUAGCUAUGGAUUUAGAAAUACACCAAAAGGUGCCUUCUGCCUUUUAAAUUCCAUUUCAAAUUCCCUGCAAACACACUAAAAUUUCACUGCUAUGGCUACUUAUGGGAUGGUUAAGGCACAAUAAUUCAUAUUUUGAAAGGUGCUGUCUACUUGUACUUGAGAUAUUAUUGUUACAUAUCCAGUCUAAUCCACUUCUCAUGCUGCCAGGAAUAUAAGGCAGAUGUCUGUCAUCACCAACCAGUUCUGCCCCACAUCAGUCCCUUGAAGAUGUUCAAAUUGCUGACUGGCGAUGUAGUUGCUUUAGUCAUUAUUCUGUUUCCUCACGUUCCUCAGGAUCUGUCUCUUCUUUCCUCUCCAUGUUGAAACAGGGCUUGUUGAAGGACCUGGUUAUCUGGCACUCUCAAAACAUGGCCAAGGUCAAUCUGUUUUCUCCACUGUGCUGUUUGUACAGCUGUGGGUAAUCACGCAGGCUCUGAACCCUCAGCAUUCCUUUUGCUCUCUGGCUGCUUUAUGAUCACUGUCCCCCGCAGGCAUCCACAUUGAAAGCGCUUUGAUUUCUGAGGAAUAGACAUGUUCUUCUAAGACUUCAACUUGUACAGGUGUAUGUGUAAUGUAUUUUUAAUAAUGGUGGCUCAAAAGAGCUUACAGGGAAGCUUAGCAUUGAUGCUGGUGACUUCCAUAAGGGACAUAGUCUUGUCAUAGAAACAAAGAUUCCACCCAUUUUGAUAUCAUAUUCUUAGACCAGUGCGUAGAGCUGUGCGUGGUCAUGUAUAGGUAUUUGCAAAAGACCCCUGCUCCGAGCUUACUCUAUGUUGUGUAUUACUCUUACAUAGCCUGUGGUGAAAUUAGAGACCAUUGAUAAAGGCAUUUAGCAUUAAAAAGGCAUUAAGAUUAAUGUUUUAGUUGUUACAGUUUUCUAAACAAAUAUUGAUUUUCUGGGAUUUGUUGAUACAGAUUUUCCUGGAGGACAGGAAAAUAAAAACGUCAUGCUGACUUUUUAAAGAUGAGGUUAUAAAUGCACAUCAAACCUUUAUUAGUUUGCUUUCUGGGGCCUUUGCACUGUGGCAGAACUACAAAAUGUUCAGUCUGUAAUGAGCACAGUUGUAUUAUCACAGAAUCAUAGAACGCUUUGGGUUGGAAGGGACCUUAAAGAUCACCCAGUUCCAACCCCCCUGACAUGGGCAGGGACACCUUCCACUAGAGCAGGUUGCUCAAAGCCCCGUCCAGCCUGGCCUUGAGCACUUCCAGGGAUGGGGCAUCCACAGCUUCUCUGGGCAACCUGUUCCAGUGCCUCACCACCCUCACAGUGAAGAGUUUCUUCCUAAUAUCUGCUGUAAAUCCUACCCUCUUUCAGUUGAAAGCCGUUCCCCCUUGCCCUAUUGCUACAGGCCCUUGUAAAAAGUCCCCCUCCAACCUGCAGGGCCCUGUUAGGUACCGACAGGCUGCUAUAAGGUCUCCCCAGAGCCUUCUCUUCUCCAGGCUGAACAACCCCAAGUCUCUCAGGCUGUCUUCAUAGGAGAGGCAUUCCAGCCCUCUGAUCAUCUUCGUGGCCCUCCUCUUAUGUUGGGGUCCCCAGAGCUGGAUGCAGUGCUCCAGGUGGGGUGGCGUAGAGCAGAGGGGGAGAAUCACCUCCCUUGACCUGUUGGCCACGCUUCUUUUGAUGCAGCCCAGGAUUUGGUUGGCUUUCUGGGCUGCAAGCACACCUUGAUUUUUUUGUCCACCAGCAUUCUCUAAUCCUUCUCCUCAGGGCUGCUCUCAAUCUGCUCUCUGCCCAGCCUGUAUUGAUACUGGGGGUUGCUCUGGCCCAGGACCUUGCACUUGGCCUUGUUGAACUUUGCGAUGCUUGCUUGGGCCCACCUCUCAAACCUGUCAAGGUCCCUCUGGAUGGGACUCCUUCCCUUCAGCGUGUCAACCACACCACACAGCUUGGUGUCAUCAGCAAACUUGCUGAGUGGUGCAGUCGAUCCCGCUGUCCAUGUCACCAGCAACAAUGUUGAACAGUACUGGUCCCAGUACAGACCCCUGAGAAAUGCCACUUAUCACCAGUCUCCACUUGGACAUUGAGCCACUGACUAGAAUGAGUGUGACCAUACAGCCAGUUCCUUAACCACCAAAGUGGUCCACCCGUCAAAUCCAUGUCUCUCCAGUUUAGAGACAAGGAUGCUGUGUGGGACAGUGUCAAAAGCUUUGCACAAGUCCAGGUAGAUGACAACAGUCACUCUUCCCUGAUGAUGAUUUCAGUUUUCCAGACUGAAGCUGAUCACACAGCACAGCAGUCAGGGAGAGCAGGGCCAGAAUUUUGGAGACACCUGGUCAAGUAACAGACUAUGGCCAGGUCACAGCAUUGGCAUGUGUACGGUAGAUUCAGCGAGGAGGUUUUCAGUCUUAUCAUCCCCAGCAUCUUCAAGGUCAUUACCCAUGACAUAAAAUUACAUUCUUAAACUAAUACCUCCUGACAAAAUCUUCUCCAGCACAUUUUCAAUGGACAAAGGUCUGCAGCACUACUGUACUCCAUCUACUUGUCUUUAAUGCUUUGUGCAGCUGCUAUGCGGAGCUGCCUGAAACCCUUCCCCUGAGGCCCAGGAUAAACAUUCUGGUUUCUGUGACUGGACCAAACAUCUUUAUCCUUUUGAAGAGUAUGAGAAGGCUCAUGAGCCCCCUGUGGCACAGAUGAAGCAGUUAAAGUGUGUUAGUGGCAUGGCAAAACAUUGUUCGUAGAGCCCCUGGGUACAAAAAGGCAGGACUAACUCUGUAUUAGCAUUUAAGCCACAAGGUGAAACCUGGUCAGUACUGAUCACUGUGAUUCCGCGGAGCAGAAGAAACUUGGAUAAAAGUAGCAGUUAGGUGUGGGAGGUAUAAAGCUAUGUGGGAAGGUAGAUGGAAGACCACCAAUACACUUCAACUUCAGCAACGGCUUCUUCAGUGCAGAUCUGUAAGCGGCACCCCCUGCUCCUGACCCCUUGUAAUAUGGUUGGCAUAAGUAAUGUAAUUUUAUAAGGCAAAUGGCCAUUCUCUGUGACCAAGCCAGUCAUGUAUCAGUCCCUUUUACCUUCCUCAUCAGGCCUGGAAGGUCCUGCACACCAGGCAGAUUUCCUCUCCCCCUCCCUAUCAGCCAGCCUCAAAGUUCCUGACAAGGUUCCCAACUACUCCCUGCCUUACCAGCUUUUAAGGUUCCAGACACCUGGCCAAACAGGCUGUGAUGACCCCAUCACAGAACAGGGAAGUGUAGCAGCACACAGAGCACUGUCUAUAAAAUCAAGCAGUUACAAGUCCUGAGUAGGGCUUGGACCACAACUGCUGCUGAACAGCAAAACUCAUGAUCCCCAAAUGGUCAGGGAUGCCUUCACCGUCAUCUGCUUCUGCCAAGAACUGAGUGAAUGACUUGCAUUCUUUUACAUGUUUUGAGUCUAUAUGAUGAUUUUUAUAUUGAUACUGCAAGGCAAAUAUUAAGACCAAUCUGCAGAGGGUCCAGGUGAUUAGGAAUGAUAAGGUAACCUGUACUACACUGACUGAUCACAAAAAUCCUGUGCUAUUCUGGUCAUAAAAUCAUAUGCUAUGCUGAUCAUAAAAUUGUGUUACAAAUUAGCUUUAAUUGUAACUACAGCUUAGUGCAGUCAUCAUUCUGCACAGGAUCCCCAUAAUGCUGGGCGACAAAACCCAUUUCACGUAAAAUCUCUCCUGGCCCAGCUGGGAAUAAAUCCUCUAGAAGUCCCAUACAGAUACCUCGUGCAGGCGUAGCUAUUUUUGCAGCAAGGGAACCAGCUUUACUCUGGUGUAAAUAUAUCAAAUAGCUCAUUCUCCAAUCUAAUAAAAAACAACAUAUGGCUCUUCAGCCCUGCAUUGUGGAGGGGGUCUACUAAGCAGAGUGGUCAACCACAGAGAAAAACAGUCUGACAAAGUCAAAGAAGGUCCCUGAGACCAGCAGUACCAGCAGAGUGCGUGCUCAGGGGGGCACUUGUUAAUCCUCGUUUUUUCCCCAUAAUCACCGUAGCCUCUAGGCAUGCACCAGCCCCUAAUGUUAGCCUUGCAGAAGCCAGAGGGGUUUGCACUGAAGCGUGUAGGAGGGAUGGGUGUUUAGUUUGGUUCUUUAUCCUGCAGAACAAGGGAAGCUUCUUGUUGGGGUUUGGAGUCUGUCACUGGGAGUGGUUAAUAUGAGGUGUGCACCAUAGCUUACACGAAGAAGGUUCCCCUAACCUGUCAUUUCUUGUGUGGGUGUGUUUUGCCCUGGAGCAACCUUAACUGCUUUUUAACAGAACUUUUUGGUGGGAAUUGUUAGGAAAGCAUUUCUCUAACUGCCUAAGCCUUGCUGUGUUUUUUUGGCCCUACCUAUACCGCAGCAUAAAAUAUUCUGUACAUUGGGAAUUCUCAAGACUUGAUAGUCAUCUCAAUAGCACCCAAUUUAAACAGCAUUAUUCCUGUUUUACAUUGGCAUGAAUGAGGGUUUUCCAUAUAUAAUGUAAUAUUUUGCCUCUCUCAGAUGUAGACACCAACAGUAUUCUCAGACUCUUUCUUAUAGAGGGUUAACUGCUGAUGAACCAGAUUAACCCUUUUGCUAAGAGCCAUUGUCACCAAACCGCAGCACUAAAGAGGACCAAGAGGGUGAAGGAGCAUAUGUAUUUGGCACUGCUUACCCAGGCGGUACUGAGGGUCACAGGUACUGAAGAGCAUCUGAGACUCUUCAAGGUUGGUAGGGUUCAGAGAAGAGACUUAGGUGUGCGUACAAAAAAAAAAAAAAAAAAGGCAAAAAGCAAGUUCUGCUAUUACACCAUCGGCUUUACUAUUUCUGAUGAGAAUUGCACCUUCAGGCUCCCUCACUUUUGUUACUCCCAUAGCUGAAGGGAAUGUUUUUGUUUUGAUUUGUUUGCUGUUCUUACUCCACCAGCAUCUCUUCCUAAACUGCAGCUAGCAACUUCAGCCCAUACAUUUUCUUUGUCCUGCCACUAUUGCAGAAAAUCACAGCAUUUCAUCGAGUGGACCAAACUGAAGCAGCUAGAAAUACCGUAUCACUUCAGUUAGAAUUUGCAAAGGACUCAGGCAUGGAGAGGGGCAUGGAAGAGACAAGGCAGAGAAGUUAGUCUCUGCACUUCGCUUCUACUGAAUCAAGGGUGUUGGUGUUGAUGUAGAUGCAGAAUAAAGAUAUUCUCACCUUGAAUUCCUCCAAAGUAAUUCUUUCAUGCGGUUGCCUCAGUAGAAUGAAAUCUUUAUGAAAUAGCCAGCACACCCACCCAGACAUAAACCAGGCACUAACUGUUCAUGUUUAGAAACAAACUUUCCCCAUGGGUUCAUUAUUCAUAGCCGGUCACUUGCCAGUUUUCCCUUGCAAGAUACAAACUAAACGUUAGGAAUAAAGGCAAUGCACAGUUGGGUCUCUUUCCACACACACACACACCCAGCUGGAUGUUGUAGCAAACCUUUAGGUUCUCUCUGUCCCUCUCUUUUCCACUUGCUCAUUUACAAGUCAGCUAAAUCGACAGGGCAUUCCUAAAGUCUUCCUGCAGAUCCACUCAAAGGCUGCACCAUGGUGUAUUAGCAGUUGGUGUCUUUGCUGCCUCUUCCAAGAGAAAUCCCAAAUGCUACUGGCUGAAAAACAUUCGCAGCUUUCAAACAUUAUUCCAGGAAAAGAGGAAAUCAUCCUCCUGAUCCAUCCUGCCAAGACUAAGGGCAUCUCCGUUGUCUGAGAAACAUAACAGGUUGUUGUUACAACAACUCAAGACCAGCUGACCUCCCACUUCCUUUUGUCAACCAGCUGCAAAACUCCUUGGUCAUGUAACAGUCUCAAAUUGAACAUCUGACCCCAGUUUAUGCAAUUCCCCUGUGACUGUUUCGUAAGCUUUUUGUCACUUCACUCAAUUGUUUGUUAAAAGCAUUCACAGUUACAUUGGCUAACGUGAACAUUUCAGUAUGACAGAUAACCCUAUGGUUAAGCCCUCCAUCCCCAAGGCAACCUCACAACCUUGCUCUAAAGACUACGUCAUAUCAUGAGAUAAAACGAAAACCAAGAGGUUACACAGAGAUAAUUGCAGCUCUAACUAUCCAUAGUGCUACUGCUUUAUAGAGACUUUAGGAGACAUUUUCAGGCUGGUUAUUUAAACAUAGGAGGGCAUCGCAAAGACAGCAUUUGUCUCUAAAGCUCUACAAGCCAUACAGGUCCAGGAAGAGUACACUGUGAGCUCUGCCAGUAAACCCAGGCUCCUUGAAGAGCUUCCAAAGAGCUACACAGAAAUGAUUGAGGGCAUAAAGAUAUGGCAAUUUCAUGUGUCUGCAAAAUCACUUGGGCCCUACCUCUGUACAACUUCAUUACUUGAAGCUGUCGGUGUUACAGCAGCUCCACUACUGUGGUCCUUGAGUUGGACCCACCACCACUCCUAUGUCUGCCCUUUACGGUGUUCAACUGAGUCGAUAUUAAACUUGGGCUUUUCCAGAGAAGGAAAGAUUCAUUCUCCACUCCCUUGAGCAUCAUUUCAAGGUAGUCUCUGCUGACAACACUGCAGCAGAGCAAAAGCCUCACUGAAGAAUAUUGUGUAGGAGUGUUACUAAAGUAGGUCAUUGCCCAAAGCGGCAGACUUCAGGGAUAAAAUGAAUUAAGAAGUUCCUACCCCUGAUGGUGGUUGUUUUCAGUUGGCUUGCCCACUCAUAAAGGCACAGAUGAUAUCUUGUCCACCUACUCAUGCUCUGCCCUCACAACUUAAAAAACAUUUUUUUUCCAUAUGAAAGCUGAGUUACUGGCCUUGUCUUAGGAUCUGGAGCACAGUUGUAUGCAACUCAUAUGCAACAUCUCAGCGUGACCUUAAGUCUCUGAGGAAACCUUGUUGGUUUGUUAGUUUGUUUGGGGUUUUUGCCCUACCCUAAAUCCUGGCACCUCCUUUCUCUUACUAUUUUCUUCCUCAAAAUGUUGUUAUUCCUCCUUCACACUUGUGCAGCUGCCAUUCUCUUCAGGAAUAAAGAAAACAUAACUGGGAGGGGGAAAGGUAUAAUUAUCCGCUAGAAGAAAGAUACUGCAAAUAACCUGUUGCCAAAGAAGUUUAUCACUGCCACAUUUAAAUGGACUGCCUCAGAAAAAAAAAAACCACCCCAGUUUUUGUUCACGACAACAUCUUAGGGAUGUCAAGCAAGUUGCUGAAUAUCUCUGGGCAUGUGCAAAGUGUCCCUGAGUAAAACAGAAAUCAGUGGAAGACCAAGCCUCCACUCCCCACAAUUGGCCGAGAAGUCUCCACUGCUGGGAAACAUUCAAAUGCUAGUGCUCUUUCCACCAUCCUGUGACACUGACAUAAUCAAAUCUACUCUACUUUUUGUCCAAAUUGCUGCUGAAAACAGGGAAAUAGCACAGUAUUAAAAAAAAAAAAAGUAUAUGUAGAAAAGCAGUUUUGUACCUCUUCUAAACAAAAGGCUAUGCUUAAAUGUGUGCAAUGAUAACACUGACACAAAUAAUUUCAUGUCCUGAUCUUGCUACAUAGAAAGCAGAAAGCUCCUGCGCAGCUGGUAGGGCAACAAUCAAGCUGUUGCACAACUCAGUAUGCAGAUCAGGCCUGAGGAAGUUCUGCCAGGAUCCUCUGUACUGUUUUUCAAACGUGAUUAAUAUCUGUUUUCUUAGAUUAGGAAAUUGGAGAGAGGAUUUGUUAUGCUUCUGAAAAAUUUUGAACACUGCACAACAGAGUCAUAUGUUCUAGAUAUUUGGAAAUACCAGGUUUUAGCAACUCCUGCUUGGCUGUCUAGAGACUGUUUAAAGCUCCUUGUCAAACCUUAACUCCUCCACUAUCUGACUUAGGUGAUUUAUUGUCCUCCUAAAUCUGUCCACAGAUUCAUCUGGUAUUCAAGUUUGCUAUUAGCUGUAUUUGUUUAUUUGUUAAACACAAAGGCUUGAGCCAGGGCUAGUGUCCCUGCUGUGCUAGAACUACCAAAGGCCAGGCUCUACUAACAUUGGCCUCUGAAGCAUUCCCAUCUCACAGCUGGGCUUAUCUGGUUUCUAGUAAGGUGCAAGUUCCACCCAAAUUUUUUUCCCUAGUCAGGAUGUUUAUAAUCACUCCUGGAGGCUCUUUCCCUCUGUCAAAUUGAAUCGACCAAUUGACCAACAGAUUAAAAAAUUAUUAAGGGUGGGGAGGAAGGACUGACACACACGCACACCCACACACAAAAGCUGCAAGCACUCCGCCUUUGUGCUCAUGUGAGCUGUUUCCUUGGGAAUCCAGCUACUAAAACAGGCAACAGCUGUCUAGCAGCAGAGCGACAAGACUGAUGAUUUGCAAACCUUUUGGUUUUGGGAUUUGCGACACCCAUGCCUUUUUUAAACAUGUUAGAGGAACAUUAACAGGAUGCAGUGUAGGAAAGAGAAGCACGAAUAGUCCAGUGGGGCAAGAUUUUUGUAUUUAUCACCAUAAGAACUGAAGUGUCAUCAUGUGCCCUGGUUGGAGGGAUAUGUAUUUACAGUGUGCAUCCAUCUCCCUUGUGCUCAAUCCUGUGAUGUCUCCUAUGAACACUCACACUACAUCUCUAGCAGAGGAAUUUUUACCAGGCCUGACAAAAUACAGGAUGCAAAUAACCUGCGUUCAGGAAGUAACAGUCCCAAACCAGGUCAGAUUAGUAAUCCACAGCCCCUCUCUCUCUGCCUGCAGGCCAGGGACCUCUAUUCUCUGGCUCUGUGGCUGCUGCCUCCCCUGUGGAAGCAGCUACAUCAGCUGCUUCUCAGAUUUCUUUUCCAAGUAUCAGGUGGCUUCACUAUCAGACCUUUUUGGUAUACAGUUAGCGUCUCCAGUUUCCAGGCCCUGUCUUGCUGUCAGUUAGCAUCCUCUCUGGCCUCCUUCACCUGGUACACCUUAUAGCCGGGUGCUGUGGGGCUCUCUCCAUACUGAGCACUAAGGGGAAUAGCAUGUCCCUUGGUGUGGCUACUCUGGGCCAUUGACGUGCUCCUGUUCACCUCAUGUAGAAGGAAAGCACCAUGGUCCUGAUAUGCCAGGGAAGAAAGAGGCUGUAAGGAGGCAGAGAGUGGGUAGAGGGCCUGAGAGGGAAGGGAGGAGGGUGAGGGGAAGGUGACAUGACAGUCACUUUCUGUGGGCCCAGACUGUGGAAAGUCAUAGAAUCACAGAAUCAUUCUGUUUGGAAAAGCCCUUUGAGCUCACCAGGUCCGGCCGCUACCCCAGCCCUGCCAAGCCCAGCACUAACCCACGGCCCUCAGCACCGCAUCCACGCGGGCUCUAAACACCUCCAGGGAUGGCGACGGCACCACCUCCCUGGGCAGCCUGUCCCAACGCUUCACCACCCUUCCCGUGAAGAAAUUUUCCCGAUACCCAACCUAAACCUCCCCCGGCGCAACGUGAGGCCGUUUCCUCUCGUCCUGUCGCUCGUUAUCCGGGAGAAGAGACCGACCCCCGCUGCCUACGGCCCCUGUCAGGUGGCUGCGGAGAGCGAUCAGGUCCCCCCUGAGCCCCCUCCUCUCCAGGCCAACCCCCCCAGGUCCCUCAGCCGCCCCUCACAAGGCUGGUGCCCCAGCCCCUGCCCCAGCCCCCUGCCCGGCUCUGGACACGCUCCAGCCCCUCCACGUCCCCCUGCAGUGAGGGGCCCAAAGCUGAACACAGGGGUCCAGGGGCGGCCUCACCGGUGCCCAGCGCAGGAGGAUGGUCGCCCCCCGCUCCUCCUCCGCUCCACUGGCCGGGCAGGGCGCUGGCGGCACACGCCGGCUGUUAGCAAGGGCAGCGGGCAAAUACCACCGGGACGCCGCCGCUCCGCCACCCAGUCCCGGUCCGACCACUACAUGUCCCGUCGUGCCGCGGGCGCGGCAGGCCCCACGGCGGCGCGGCAGGCUAGCUGCCCAGCCACUCGCCUGCUCGGAGCCCGGCCCGGCCCACGGCGCUACCCCGCUCUCCCGGGCAGUAAGGCCCGGCAUCGCCCUCCGCGCCGCUCGAGCCCCGCACCGCGCCUCCCGCGGCGGGCCGGCGCCCCGGCUGUGCGGCGCCCUGCUGUCAGGCACCCGCGCAGGCGCCCUACCGCGGCGGUGCGGCGGGGCCCUGGCGGCGGGCGGGGUGGAGGCGGGUUGCCGUCGCGGGGAGCGCGGCUUGGCUCGGCGGCGGCACCGGGAUGAGCGGCAAGGAAGGAAAUUGAGAGAACUCCACAUAUUCAGAAAGG